UCAUUUUGACACGUUGGGUACGUAUAUUUAUCCCCCGUAGCUGUUAUUGUAUUGAUUUUAUAAGCGUGGUUGAAUUAUCAUAGGAAGUAAAUUUGACUUAUUGCUCAUAAUCACACCAAACAGACUCCAGAACCAAGAUGAAGAAGUCAAUCAGCAUGAAGUUGAUUGAGGUGUACUUGAUUUUUGCACUGGUUGUCAUCACAUAUUCAUCUGCCAUUCCAAAACCCGGUGAAGACAAAAAGAACCGUGUCCAUGAACAGAAACUGAGUGAUAUGGAACAUGAGCACGAAGGGGAACACAACCCUGACUAUGACCACGAGGCUUUCCUGGGGAAGGACGAGGCCAAGACAUUCGACCAGCUCACUCCUGACGAGAGCAAGGAUAGACUGGGAAUUAUAGUGGGUAAGAUUGACAAGGAUGGUGAUGGACAAGUGACGGAGCAGGAGCUGAAGGACUGGAUUCAGUACGUCCAGAAACGUUACAUUGUGACGGACACGGACAGGAUGUGGAAGGACCACAACAUCGAGGGCGACAAGCUUUCAUGGUCAGCAUAUAAACAGAGAACUUACGGAUCAGAUGACGAUCCCAACGAAGAAGACUCCUCAACAUUUAGUUACAAAGACAUGAUUCAGCGAGAUGAGAGGAGAUGGAAGACAGCCGACAAAGACAAUGAUGGCUUCCUCACCAAGGAAGAGUUCGCUGACUUCCUGCACCCCGAGGAGGCAGAGCACAUGAGAGACAUCGUCGUUAAGGAAACGAUGGAGGAUAUUGACAAAGACAAAGAUGGGUUCAUCAGUUUAGAAGAAUACAUAGCUGAUAUAUAUGACGAGGAAGAUGAUGAUCCAGAUACAAUCCCUGAUGAGGAUACAAACCUCCAAGAUGGGACCCCUGACUGGGUCAAGAGCGAGAAGGACCAGUUUAUUAAUCACAGAGACAAGAACAUGGAUGGAAAACUGGAUGAAGAAGAGGUCAAAGCCUGGGUCAUUCCCGAGGACUAUGACCACAGCGCAUCGGAAGCCUUACACCUAGUUAAUGCCUGGGACAUGUGGCCAGACAAAAAUGAGGAAGAGCCUGAGUGGGUCAAAACUGAGCGCGAAACAUUCAAAACUGUUAGAGAUAAAAAUGGAGAUGGCAAAAUGGAUCUUGAGGAAGUUAAAAACUGGAUUAUGCCCCCUGAUUAUGAUCAUUCUGAGGCUGAAACUAGGCACCUCAUUCACGAGUCAGAUUCUGAUAAGGACGGCAAAUUAUCGCGUGAUGAAAUCCUGGAACACUACGACCUGUUUGUGGGCAGCCAGGCCACUGACUUUGGGGAGGCUCUCACCAGACAUGAUGAGUUUUAAAAACGUGAACUUUAGUAAAAUUCAGUGCAAUUGCACAAUUGUAUCAUCCUAUCAUUAUCAUCAGGAUUAUUUUUACAUGUAAUUGGUGUAUAUUACCUAGCAAGAGAAGCUAAGUUCUUUGACUUUUAAUUAUUGUAGUCAGAAAAACAUGUACAUUAAAUUUUUUUAUGUACAUUCUGUACAAUUUCACUGAUAUACAGCUUUAAACAUUUUUUGCUCUAUAGAUAUUGUACAACAUUUAAAGCUAAAAAUGGACUCGAAAAGUUAAAGCAUGUAAAUUUCUUGCUUAUUGUAACAGAGCUUCCUUACUUUUGAUAGGUUUUAUACUGAAUAGAAAACCAAAAGUGGUCUUGUGUAUGUGUGUGCAUGUUUGUAAUUGUGUUGCCAUAGCUGUAGAGUAAAUGCCUUUAUAUCGGUGUGUUAUUAUCUCCAAAAUGUUCAAUACAUGAAUUAUAGUUUUGGUUUAUGGUAGAUUUUUUUUUUUUUUAUAUAUUUUUCUAUACAAUAUGCUUCCCAUUUUUUUCAUGUUUAUUUUUUUUGGUCUCCAGUACAAUUGUAACUUUACUUUACUGGAAAUACAUGUAUUGUUAUUUUAAAAAUAGUCAUUUGUUACAGUAUAUUGCUUUAAUUUUGAAUAUGUUAAUCAAACAGUUUUUCAACAGAGUAAUUGAUGAACAAUAUUGUAUUGUACACUUACAGAAAUAUGCAUGUGUAGUGCUACUGAUUCUAGACACCAAUGAUUUAAUUAUGUGCGACAGUGUAUACUUUUCAAUGAUCUGAAUGAAUCAUGAAGUUUUGUAAGAAUGCAUGCUGAUUUAGCAUCUGCUUUGUUUGGUUUAAAGGUUGGUGUGUGCAUUCGAGCGCAUCUACAUGCACAUGUAGAAAUGUUUACCAGAUGCCAAAUGUCACAACUUUUGCAAGUCGUUUUUUUUUUAAAGAUAAGCAUGAUAGAAUAUGAGUACAGUUUGUAUUCAGUUUUUAUUGAACAGAUUCUACAGUUGAUAAUUCAUGGAGUCAUUCAAACUUGAGAUUAUUUUUAAAUACUAGAAAGUAUAUUAACCACUUUUUGAAAGCAAUUAUCAUUUAAUGGUGAAUUAAAAAAAAUAAAUUGAGUCAUAAUCCUCAGAAAAGUUAAACUGGCAGACAUUAGUACAACAGAUAAGAUACAGACAGAAAACUGAACCAGUUUUAUUUUCCGUGCGCAUUUCCGAGUUAUGUCCCUUUGUUUUGUGUAGUUUUCUGUUAUUUAUAUGAACAAAUGAUACAAGACUCUUUAAAGCAUAAUUUAGGAGUGAAACACCAGUUUAAUGACAUUUUUUACCAGCAGAACUAUUGUAACACAGGUUGUAUGUUGCAUCUCGCCUUUAUUUUUAACCAGCAUUUUUUUCUAUUUUUCUUGCCAGUGUAUGCUAUAACUGAGUGAAUAGAUUUAUGAAAUUUGAUUGGAAAGGUUGAUUUACAAAUUCUGUUAUUUUGGUUUUGAAAAUGUUAUUUGAUUCAAUAUUCUGCAAUAAAAACUGGAUAUUGUUAAAGUUUAAAUAA